AUGUACCUCCAUCAUUGUGAGGUCUUACCUGUGUUCACAGAGGACCCCUCCCUCUCAAGGGCUAAACAAGGCUGGGUCACAAAAGGCAUUUAUGAUGCAGGAGUGACUUCAGGAGGGGAGUCCAGGCUGAGCCCAGAAACUGCCAGAGAAGCUCUUGCUCAUUCGGCCACAGGCAGCAUCAUGUUCCUAGAGGACAUAGUCUGGAGUGACAGUGCAUUGGAGCUGCUGCAGCUCUUGGCACAUUCCAUUAAUUUCUGGGUCUUCUUCUGGACUGCUAAAGCCUUAUGGGCUCAUGGCUCCAGGAACAGCUGGAUGAAGAUCCAGGAGAUAUGGACUGCAAUCUUGAGAUUCUUUGGGAAAAAAGAGAAUGCCAGAUACCAAUGGAGGAGGAAACUAAACACAUUAAGCUCUGUGUGGGGUCUCAAGGAUGAAAAAAUCCUGCCCAGUCUGUCAAGCACUUCCUUGGAUUCCCUGUCAUCCUUGAACAGCACUUGGUCCUCUUCCUCAGCAGAAGACAAAACAUUAAAUCUGCUGGAGACAUGCCUCUCCCCAUCUUCUGCCACCCCAUGGGGAGAUGCCAACCACUUUCAGCCUCUUCCCAGACCUCCCGGAGCUGGACUCAAGGAGCUUCGCAGGGAAUCUACAUCCCACAAAAAUGUAAAAUUCAACUUGCUUAAAAAGAAGUUGCAAGGAUUGUGUGGGGGCCCCACACCCCACUCUGAGUCUUUGGCCAAAAUGAUCUCCAGUGUGCCUCGUCUCCACACACCAUCUGACAUUGUGGCUAACACUGUCUCCCUCAAAAACAACAACUAUGAGAAGAUGUUGUCUCCAAGGCACAUCCAGAAAAAGCGAUUUCAAGGACUGUAUGGAAGUCCCACACCCCAUGCUGAGUCUCUGGCCAAACUGAACUCCAGUGUGCCCAGUCUCCAGACACCAUCUGACAUUGUGGCUAACACUGUCUUCCUCAAAAACAGCAGCUGUGGAAAGAAGUGGUCUCCAAGGCAUGAUCAGAAAAAGAGAGCAGAGAUAUCAUUCCUACCCCUGCUGCCCAAAGCUGGUCCAAAAUCCAGGGCACAGUGUGGCAUAUGUUUAGGAUUGGCAGACAAGCCAUUGUCAGGGGAGAUCCAGGAGUCCUAUGUCUCCAAUGAGGUAGAUAGCUACAAAACAAGGGACCAGGUGACACUAUAUGGAACUUCCAUCCAGAAGAAAAUGCUGAAGGCUUUGAAUGAGCAAGAAUCAGAAAUUAAUAUUCCUGAGUGGGAAUAUUGGAACUAAUGAAGCAGUGCAAAUCCUCUCCCAGUUUAUCCCUUUGCUGGGACUAAGCCUAGAAUAUAGAUUUAAGAGUAGUGGUUGUGUUGUUUAUAUUAUGAAAAUAAAUUUGUUGUGCUUGAG